AUGGAAAUUGUAAAGAAUAUGGACGAAAAUGACUGCAUGUUACCCGAGGGUAAAAUGGACUAUGCCGUGCAUCCAUCAGCACUGACGGCGGAAGCUCACCCUGACCUGCUGCGCAAUCAGCGCACUUAUAGUAUCGAGCAGGCACGUGAUGCAAUGCGUCAGGGCCGGCCGAUCCGCAGCGAUUCGGUAGGCUCAAUUGACUACGAGAGCAUGAUGUAUGGCGAAGACUACACGAAGGAGGCUCGUGAGCAGCGCAAGCUGAAGGCUCAAUCCGUAUCUCCUACGGAUGUCGCCUCCCCAUCCAGACCGACUGUGUCUGCCGUCGUACCCGUUAAGGCAAGCUCUGUUCACACUAAGGUGAUAGGAUACGCUGCGGCAGUUAUUAAUGGUACUCCAGCUUUGGCACCUGAAUCGAAAAAGAAACAGCCAGCUGCCAAGACAGCUCCCAAAGCUAACAAAGAGGAAAAAAUGCUCGCCAAAACUACAGCAAAUGGUGAGAAGGGAACGUUGAAAACGGCUACUUCUCCUACAGUGGAUAAUUCAUUGCCAAAGUCCGGUGCAUGGGGUGGCCGCAAUUUCCUCGAUGUCGUUAAAGCUGACCCGCCUCCUGCUUCUGUGAAAGUAGUGGCAGCUCCCGCAAACGAAAGCGAGAGUAAGUAG